GGCUGCGGAAAGGGGGCUUUGUGCGCGUUUGUCUGGCGGCUGCUGUUAAUCUCUGGGCUGCGCUUUGUGGGCGCCGCGCGCCGUGGAGACCGACCUGGCGCGCGCUGCGACGGCGGACCGCGCAUCGCGCAUCAUGCUUCUCCCCUGCGGGACUGCGCGGGGUGGAAACUGUGCAACAUGAAGCAGCGGCAGCACCUCCGAGCCCGCUUCCCCCGCAAACGAGACCGAUCGUGUCGGGGAGGAGGAAGACAAGGGAGAGCAUGAAGGUGGAAGGCGAGCAUUUCCACGGCCGGUGCUAGAGGGAGACAUAGAUCUGCGCAUCCCCCGUGGCUCCGGUUUUCAGUUUCGUGGUGGAAUCGGUCGGAGAGAGCUGCUCGUCAGGGGGUGGGCGAGGGAAGGGAUAACGGGGCGGCGUGCGGGGCGCCUCUGAACCGACUGGGAGAGAGAGUGGGGCGGCCGCCCCCCUUCCUCGAGAAAGGGCCCCGCCAUGGGCAACGCAGGGAGCAUGGACUCUCAGCAGACGGACUUCAGGGCGCACAACAUGCCGCUCAAGCUGCCGAUGCCCGAGCCGGCGGAGCUGGAGGAGAGGUUCGCCGUCGUCCUGAAUGCAAUGAACCUGCCUCCUGACAAAGCAAGAUUACUCCGACAGUAUGAUAACGAGAAGAAAUGGGAGCUGAUCUGUGAUCAGGAAAGAUUUCAAGUGAAGAAUCCUCCACACACUUAUAUCCAGAAAUUAAAAGGCUAUCUCGACCCAGCAGUAACUCGGAAGAAAUUUAGGAGGAGAGUUCAAGAAUCUACACAAGUACUACGAGAGUUAGAAAUUUCUUUAAGAACCAAUCACAUUGGUUGGGUCAGGGAGUUCUUAAACGAAGAGAACAAAGGGUUGGAUGUCUUGGUGGAGUAUUUGUCAUUUGCACAGUAUGCCGUCACGUUUGACUUUGAAAGCUUGGAAAACAAUAUGGAAAAUUCAGUGGACAAAUCUAAGCCUUGGAGCCGAUCCAUUGAAGACUUACAUCGAGGAAGUAACUUGCCCUCUCCUGUUGGCAAUAGUAUUUCCCGCUCUGGCAGACAUUCCACUCUACGGUAUAACACCUUACCAAGCAGAAGAACACUUAAAAACUCACGAUUAGUGAGUAAAAAGGAUGAUGUCCAUGUCUGCAUCAUGUGUUUGCGAGCCAUAAUGAAUUACCAGUAUGGAUUCAAUAUGGUCAUGUCCCACCCCCAUGCUGUUAAUGAAAUUGCACUAAGCCUGAACAACAAGAACUCCAGAACAAAGGCCCUGGUCUUAGAACUCCUAGCAGCAGUAUGCCUUGUAAGAGGAGGACAUGAAAUUAUUUUGUCUGCAUUUGAUAAUUUUAAAGAGGUUUGUGGAGAAAAGCAGCGGUUUGAGAAGCUUAUGGAACAUUUCCGAAAUGAAGAUAACAAUAUCGACUUCAUGGUGGCAUGCAUGCAGUUCAUCAACAUAGUGGUUCACUCAGUAGAAGACAUGAAUUUCAGAGUUCAUCUCCAAUAUGAGUUUACAAAACUAGGCCUGGAUGAAUAUUUGGAUAAGCUGAAACACACAGAGAGUGAUAAGCUGCAGGUGCAGAUUCAAGCUUAUUUGGACAAUGUGUUUGACGUGGGAGCUCUGCUGGAAGAUGCAGAGACAAAGAAUGCUGCCUUGGAAAGAGUGGAAGAACUGGAAGAAAAUAUAUCUCAUAUAUCUGAAAAACUUCAAGACACAGAAAAUGAAGCUAUGGCAAAGAUUGUGGAACUGGAAAAACAGCUCAUGCAGAGAAACAAAGAACUGGAUGUUGUUCGAGAAAUUUACAAAGAUGCAAAUACACAGGUCCACACACUGAGGAAAAUGGUCAAAGAAAAAGAGGAGGCCAUUCAACGGCAGUCGACACUGGAGAAGAAGAUCCAUGAACUGGAAAAGCAAGGAUCCAUUAAAAUUCAGAAGAAAGGAGAUGGUGAUAUCUCCAUUCUUCCUGUUGGGGUGGCUUCAGGGUCAUUACCUUCAGGGUCUGAAGCUAGUGCUGGCACAUGUAUAGGGUCAGUUUCUGGCCCCCUGUCUUCAGUUCCAUUGCCACCUCCUCCACCACCUUUACCACUGUCAACAGCAGAAUCAGAAGCAGUGCAAAAUGGUCCUGUGACAGUACCUGAGCCUCCACCACCGCCUCCACCUCCUCCACCACCACCUCCUCUCCCUGGUCCAGCUGCAGAACCAGCACCGGCUCCCCCAGUGCCGCCCCCGCCUCCACCAUCAGCACCUCCUCUUCCAGGAACAGGCUCCCCUACAGUCGUUUUCAACUCAGGAUUAGCAGCUGUGAAAAUCAAGAAGCCGAUUAAGACAAAAUUCCGCAUGCCGGUGUUUAACUGGGUGGCUCUAAAGCCCAAUCAAAUUAAUGGAACAGUCUUCAAUGAAAUUGACGAUGAAAGGAUAUUAGAGAUAGACAAUUCUGAGGUCCAAGAUACAGCAUUGGAUAGGUUUGAUCUGAAGACGUUGCCCGUCGAUUUUGUUGAAUGCUUGAUGAGGUUCCUGCCCACGGAAAACGAAGUGAAAAUGUUGCGGCUCUACGAACGGGAGAGGAAGCCUCUUGAGAAUCUGUCAGAUGAAGAUCGGUUCAUGAUGCAGUUCAGUAAAAUUGAGAGGCUGAUGCAGAAGAUGACCAUCAUGGCAUUCAUUGGCAAUUUUGCAGAAAGCAUCCAGAUGCUGACUCCACAACUCCAUGCAGUAAUUGCAGCAUCUGUCUCAAUCAAGUCAUCCCAGAAGCUCAAGAAAAUAUUAGAAAUAAUCUUGGCUCUUGGUAACUAUAUGAACAGCAGUAAAAGAGGAGCUGUUUAUGGGUUUAAACUACAGAGUUUAGAUCUGCUACUAGACACAAAAUCAACAGACAGAAAACAAACCCUUUUGCACUAUAUAUCAAAUGUUGUGAAGGAGAAGUAUCAGCAAGUAUCACUUUUUUACAACGAACUUCAUUAUGUGGAGAAAGCUGCUGCAGUAUCCCUUGAAAACGUUCUGUUGGAUGUCAAGGAGCUCCAGAGAGGUCUGGACCUAACAAAGCGCGAGUUCACCAUGCACGACCACAAUACCAUGCUAAAGGAAUUCAUUCAGAAUAAUGAAGGGAAACUUAAAAAGUUACAGGAUGAUGCAAAAAUAGCCCAGGAUGCCUUUGAUGAUGCUGUGAAAUACUUUGGAGAAAAUCCCAAGACGACGCCUCCAUCUGUCUUCUUUCCUGUGUUUGUUCGGUUUGUGAAGGCUUACAAACAUGCGGACGAGGAGAACGAAUUGAGAAAAAAGCAAGAACAGGCACUAAUGGAAAAGCUGCUGGAGCAAGAAGCGCUGCUGGAGCAGCAAGAUCAAAAGUCUCCUUCCCAUAAAACAAAGAGGCAGCAGCAAGAGCUGAUUGCAGAGCUAAGGCGGCGCCAAGUCAAGGACAAUAGACAUGUGUAUGAGGGGAAAGAUGGGGCCAUUGAAGAUAUUAUCACAGAUCUGAGAAACCAGCCCUACAGACGAGCCGAUGCGGUGAGGAGGAGCGUGAGGCGCCGUUUCGAUGAUCAGAACCUGCGUUCUCUCAACGGUGCUGAAAUAGCCAUGUGAACUGAAAUGGAGAAACCCACAAGUGGAAAGUGGGGGAUGACUGAUACCUUUGUCAUGAGAACUAUUAUGCGCACUACCAUUUUAAUUACGGCCUUGAUCACAGUACAUUAACUUUCCUUCUGAAGGGCUCACUAAUGCCAGAAAAUGCAUAGGAAUGCAGGAAGAGAGAGAGAGAGAGACAUGGUCUCUCCACUCAACUGUAGCUACCAAGUGCCUAAAUUUUGAAAUACCUGCUCAAAUUAAUCAAAGCAAUAGGACGUUGUUAGAUUGGGUUUCUUUUUUACACCAAUACAUUUGUUCAGUAUUCUUAACCAAAAUGUAAAAUACGUUGUAUUUUUGUUGUUGUUACAUACAAUUUGGUGAAAGGUCUCCAAGAGGCCUUAAUUUUAUGACCACUUGCAUAUAGAUACUACUACUGUGGACUUUUUAUGAUUUUGGUACAUUCCUGGAUGGUCUAAAGGAGUUAUUUUCAGCUUCAGCUGCACAUUAGCUUUAUAUAUGCAUACAUAGGUAUAUGCAUAUAUAAGGGCUUGUUGUAUGUAGAGGGGAAAGCCUGUAAAAGGAACUGUGCCCUUUCAACAUUUUACUGUGGGAAGCAUCCAUCAAAACGAAGCUGAGACAGAUGCAACUAUAGCUUCCAAAGGGUUACAGUUAAUUGGGAUAACCAAGUCUUUGUUUUCUGCUGUAAAUAGGUAAUAUAAGGUUUAUAUCAAAUACAUUCUGCCUGUGUUCAGAUUCUGGGCACUAUACAUCGAAGAUGAAUGAAGCAAGUCAGGAGGCAUAGCUCAACAAUUUUAAGAGUGCAGACAGAAAAAAAAAAUAAAGGAUGGUGUAUAAAACUUUAUUAUGGAGUUCUUCAAGUAGAGGCAGCUUGGAUGUAACUGUUAUUUAUUAAUUAGCACUAAGAUAUUAAUUUCUCAAUAAUCAGUAUUAGAAUUCAUGAGGACCACAACUGUCCAUUUUCACUUGCUGGAGCAGUGAAGAACUGGUGCCCUGCUAAGCUAAUUAGGAUAGUCUUCCCAAAGAACAGUUUUAUUUCUGUGUUAUGUACCAAUGGAAGUUCGAUAAAUUGCUGUUUGCACCAGCUGGGAUCAUGGUUCAACAUUCUCAAUUGGUUAAAGGGCAGCAGACUGUUGAAUUCAUCAGUACAUCCAUUCUCUCACGUUAAAACUGGAUAUGUUCCUGCACAAGCAGGUCUCCUUGUGGCUAGCAGGAACGGUGAGCGUAAACUGUACGCAUGGGUAAGUGCAAUUUGGAAUCAUUUGUGACCAUUGUCUUGUUUUUCAAAGGUCUGCACAUUCCCAUCCGAUUUUGGAUGUGUACCACUUACAUGUGCUGAACUCUUUCUUGGAUUUGGGCUUCUGUCCUAACUUUUGAAACCAUUAGAACACUUAAAAUUGUUUUAGCUAUGAAUAGUAGCAGCUGCAGCUCAAUACAUUGCUACGACAGCACUUGUUUUAUUCUGAAGUCAAAAACUGCAUCACUAUGUUAAUUGUAAAAAUCUAUUGUAUAGUAUUUAACCAAUGAGGGGUUUUUUAUGUUGUGCUUAUGUGAACCACUGGUAAAAGUCCCAUAUUCCUUUGAUAAUGUGUAGUUAUAUGAUAAUCUGUUUUUAAAUGUACAGAUAUUUUGCUACAGAAUUGGUGCUUUUUUAUGGUUUUUACACCUCUUUAAUUCCCACUGUAGCCUCUGGGUAUUGUAAAUAUUGUUUAAAAAUGCAUCAGCCUGUGCUAUACGAUCUGAAUGUUAUUUUAACUUAUAGUUUUUUUUAUAUUUAACUAAAUGGACAGUUUGGGGCUCAAAAGUUACUAUGUUGACCUUUGCUUACCUAUUUACAGAAAUUUUAUUUUAAACAACUGCCAAUUGGUCUCUUGAUUUACAGCAACAUACACUUGACAUACUAAAGAGAACAUGCCAAGAUGGCAACUUUUUCAUGUGUUGAAAGAUGACUGUAUUGAUUGAGAUAAUAUAAUUGGGGCAAUAUAAUUUAAUGAGAAACAACUGCACAAACAUUAAAUGUAUACUAAAACAGGGAUAAAUAUGCACAAGCAAGCUGUAAUGUUGGCAUGUUCUCGUCAAUAUUUUAUCUAGUGAUAGACCUACUUCUUAGCAAUAUUAUAGGUGUUUUAUAAAAGCAGUUCAUGUUACUUUUCUGAUCUGUUCAUGCCAUAUGAUUGAAUAAACUAUUUACACUACUA